GAUCAACCCAAAGUUUAAGCGUCUUCGGUACCGAUACGUUUACGGCAUCGGCGUUUCCGAACGGGCUUCCAAUCAUACCGGAGAAAUCUGGGAUACGCUCAUCAAGAGUGAUUUGGAAGCUAAAGAAGUCAUUGCUAUGUGGACGGAAGAACAUUGUUAUCCGUCUGAACCUGUUUUCGUGGCAUACCCGGGUCGAGAAAGUGAUGAAGACGAUGGAAUUUUAUUGAGUGUCAUAUUCGACGGAGAAAAUUUAAAAAGUUUCUUGGUGGUGAUUGAUGCAAAAACGAUGAAAGAAUUGGCUAGGGCUGAUUUGCCUCACGUCGUGCCGAUAUCCUUUGGCCACGGGGAAUUUAAAGAACUCAAAAAGGAAUAA